AAUUCUACGUAACGUACAGUGUUUGAAUGAACCGCAACGGGAACUGAAGUUUUCAUAAACUUCGACAAAUUUAGGCACGGCCUUAUAAGAAAACAAAACUAUUGUCAUAAAAACAAGGUACAAAAUACGGAACCAGGCAUUCGGUUGAUACGCAUAUAGAGUGACUUCGUUUGUUGUUUAGCUGAAGUGUUCCGACAUGCUUUGGAGCCAUCACAAAAACUUACGUGAUGCAGGUGAGUGACGUGCUCCCAGAUUUUCAUGUCCAUUGUAACUAAUUACCUUGUGAAGCCAAUACUAUGAGUUCUAUUGAAGUCAGUGAGAAUGUUUGUAGACGUAGGGUCACUGUGAACUUGUCACGUUCCCUUGGCUGUCAUAAAUCCACUUAUAACAGAAGGUGGAAUAAAUUGAAAGCUGCUUUCAUGAAAAAAUAUCACUUUCUUUCGUCCAGUGAGUUCGCUAAUGAAAGCACCCUAAAAGGUAACUCAGUUCAACAAUGUUGUUUACUUAAUUGAUAGAAGUAAAGAGAGAAGUCAGUUGUAAUGAAAGUACAUUGAUUGUAAAUGUAUAGCCAUCAAUUGUAUCAAUUAUAUAGUUGUAAUCCCAUUGUUGCAUACUUUAUUGUAAAUGCAUUUUGUUUCAUUAGUGUUUAAGUAAUGAUGAAAAAUCAUUUACUUACGUCUUAUGUUCUUUUCAGCCCACUAAAAAGAAAUACGUUAUUGUUGACGUCCUAAAAAAACAACUUACGAUAGCACCAAAGGACUGGAUAGUUGGCAAUGACCUUUGCCUUCUUCCGAACGAGCUGGUCGAUAUACAGCUGCAGAAGUGCGACCAACCGAAUGAAAAUUGGUCACUCAUGAAAUGUAAAGUUAUUCACGAAUUAGAUUCUCUGCAGUCUGCCAAAGAUCUGUUAGUUGCCCUACAGAUACUGGAAUCUCAACGGAAAAACAACUCAACGGAUGAAAACAUUUUGCCACUUAACACUGAGAAGCCAAAGAGAGGUGUAAUCAAGCGUAAAGAAGAUUUUCUUUACAAUUCCGUCGACAUGGAUGUGGCUGAGAUGCAGGCUGGGAACAGCCGCGUACAAUAUCCCAAAUUCCGUGUUUUCGACAAAUUGAUAGCGCCAAUCGCCAAUUCGACACAAUUGGAGACAUCACUAUCCACAUCGGAAUGUAAGCAUGUUGGUGGGGCUAUAGUGGACCACUAACUGUGAUAGGUUGUAUACUGUGGUGCUGAACAUGUCGUCAGCUAUCAAUGACUUGACUAAAACGAUUAACAACAUAUCGUCCGCCAUUAUGGACUUGAAUGUUAAUGUAAACCAAUUGCUUUCAAAGUCUGAUGAGCGCGAAAGACCACAUAAAUUCGAUUGCGGACUGUCGAGUCAGCAGUUCCCUUUGUCAUCUGAAGAGGAACUACAGACGCUAGAUACUGGUUUGUCGCAAAAAGAAACCAGGGACAGAUUUGUAAGUCAUUUACAUGAAUUUAAUAAUUUGUUACUAUUACAGAUGGCAAUGGUCACUAGGUUAUCAGGUGACGAUCCAAAAACGUCGAUGCGUUUUGUUCUGUCGCAUCUGCUGACACCGGAGGUUGCCAGUAAAUUCACGUUACUUGGCACCUCUUCAAAACGAGCACUACAGAAAUGCACGUUUUACAGUUUCAUACGAAGAUGAUAAAACGAAAUAGAAGAAAAGAAAAUCAGGCAUGUACUAAUUUAAAGUGAUAACCUCCCUACGGCUCUAUAGUUACAGUCAACAAUACUAACGAACAUAACCGUAAGUUCAGCUUCAAGUAUUUGGCUGUGCAAAAGCAUGUCAUUGAGAUAUGGUUGUGACUAUUUUUAUUCUGAAUAGUCCGUGCAAUUGUUUUGAUGUUCUACCUCGAUUUCAAUAAACAGUAUUCUUUCAAACAGCUUACUCUUUUACUUACAUGGGAAACUGUUGAAGUGUUGAGAAUGUGUGUUUGAGUUUCAGUAAACUUUUGAUUAAAUGCACAUUUCUUAUGAAUAAAAUAUAACCUGUUCCUUCUUUUUCAGAUAAUUUCAAAUAACAACGAAUUAGCAAUUGCAUUGGAUAUGCAUAACAAUCGAUGCUUAAGCUUGUGCACUACUGUUGUACAAUAAUACGCUUUUCCUUUUAAAUAAAAUUUUUAGAAAAUUUACCGCUUUCGCACUGCAUUGCAGAUAUAUUUUGGUCUGUUGCUGAAAAUAAAGGCGAACAUAGGAGACCUUUGGGGUUCUGUCGAUGGAUAGAAAAUAGGAGGUAAUGUGUGUAUU